AUGCUAUUCGACGAGGCCGACUCGGAGCUACUGAAGCAGUGGAUUGUGAAGAAGUUGGAGGACGUCAGUGAUGCCGACUCGGAUGUUUUGGCCGACUAUGUCCUGGCUCUCGUCAAGACCGACGACCCAGAGCCGGUAGCGAAGGCGAGCUGUGUUGAGAACUUGCAAGACUUCCUCGGCGACACGUCUCAGAAGUUCGUGGACGAUGUCUUCACUGCCAUCAAGACCAAAGCCUACGACCCAUCCAAGCCUGCGCUGAAGGCACCCGCGCCCACGUAUCAACCGCCCCGCCGAACGAGCCUCGAGCCACCGAACCCACACACCGAGUCGCGCAAACGCUCUUAUCAUGACUGGGAUCGCGACGAAUCGCAAAACGGCCAGAUCCCGUCGUACCAAGGUGGAGAUCGGCCGGUCAAGCAGCCGCGUAGAGGUCGAGGUGGUGGAAGAGGAGGAGCCUUCGAGCAUCGAGGUGGAAGACAGAAUCAGUAUGGAGGCGCGCCCCAGGCAGCAUUUCCUCCAAUGCCCACACCGCCACCUGGAAUUCCAGCGUUCGAUCCGAACAAUCCAGUGGCAUCGAUGAUGGCUCAGUUUGCUGCAAUGACUGGGAUGCCAGGAUACCCCCAACCCCAAGCUCAGACUGAGCGAUGCAGAGAUUACGACACGAAAGGCUUCUGCGCGAGAGGAGCGCAAUGCCCGUUCGAGCACGGCAACGAUCGCUACGUUGUGCCUGGCAAUGAUCAGUACGACCCAAACCACGCCGCACUGUUGAACGUUCAACCAACACGGACAGGUACAGUCGAGACAUCACCGGGACGCCGGGGUCGGGGAGGACAGCGGGGACGAGGCGGCAACAACUAUCGCGGCGGAAACAAGCGCGCAGACUUCUCUAUGCUGGGUCAGAACAAGGACAAAUCAAUAACUGCGGUUGUCGUCGAGUCAAUACCAGAGGAUAAGUUCGACGAACAGAUUGUGCGCGAUUUUUUCGGAGAGUUCGGCAACAUCGAAGAGGUCACCAUGCAGCCAUACCAGCGGCUGGCAAUCGUCAAGUAUGAUACCUACGACGCCGCCAAAGCUGCAUAUGAAAGUCCAAAUGUGAUCUUCGACAACCGGUUCGUCAAAGUCUAUUGGUACAAGCCAGAGAAUUUCACGAAGACCCAGAGCGCGACACCGAACAAUGGCUCGUGGAAGCAGAACGGUGGAGAUGUUGACAUGCAAGAUGAGGAGCCUCAUAUUGACCCAGAGGAGCUUGCCAAGAAGCAAGAGGAGGCACAGCGGAAAUACGAUGAACACAAGAAGCAGCUUGAAGCAGCAGAUAAACAGAAGGAAGAACUUGAUGCGAAGAUGAGAGCGAUCGAGGCGGAGCGCAAGAAGAUGGCAGAUGCAAUAGCGAAGAAGGCUGGCAAAAAGGCCGCUUCACCCACGCCAGCAGCCAAUGGCUCGGAGGACAACGAACAGACAAAAGCUCUCAAAGAGCAGCUUGCAAAACUCGAGGCAGAAGCCAUGAGCUUGGGCAUUGAUCCGGAUGCAGCAACGAUUAGCUUCGACAGCUACCCAAGCUAUGUACCUCGCGGUAGAGGUGGUUGGAGAGGUCGACCUCGUGGCAGAGGCAGAGGUGGGUUCAAUCCUUCCUUCAGAGGCGGCUGGGGCGGUGCAAGAGGUGGUGCUGUGAUGCGUUUGGAUAACCGACCAAAGACCGUGGCUGUCACAUUUUCGGAAGGUACCUACAACGACCACGACGAGGCAUUGCGGCAGUGGCUCCUGUUUAACGGAUCAGAGUCAGCUACCCUCACCAAGCACCCUCACAAGCAGGCUGCGGCACUGGUGGCAUUUCCAGAGCGCUAUCUGGGUGAGAACUUCAUGAACGCUGCUUCGUCGUCGAAUUUUCCUCUGGCUGGCAAGGCCGAGUUGUCGUGGUAUACCGAGAGCGCCAACGGAAGCCAGGAUGUCAAGAUGGAAGUGACACCAGACACCAACGAGGCUCCAGCGGGAGAAGAUCAGUCCAACGUGCGCGAAAUGGACGACAUAGCCGACGACGAUCACUGGGGAUGA